UUUUUUUUUUUUUGAGAAGCUGAUUAAGAAGUGCUGGUCUCACAACGUCCCCAUGAGGCCCACGUUUGAGCAGGUGAAGAAGAUGCUUGACAAAAUGAACCCACACAAAGUCAGCCCAGUGGACAUGAUGAUGAACCUGAUGGAGAAGUACAGCAAACAUCUGGAGGCCAUAGUAGCAGAGAGGACUCAGGACCUUCUCCAGGAGAAACAGAAAACAGACCGACUGUUGUACAGCAUGUUACCAAAGCCGGUGGCUGAUGACCUUCGUCAAGGUCGAACAACAGAAGCUCAGAGCUUUGCCAGUGCCACAGUGUAUUUCAGUGACAUUGUUGGAUUCACUCAGCUGUCCGGGGCCAGCACUCCUCAUCAGGUGGUGAACUUCCUGAAUCAGCUCUACACCACCUUCGAUGACAUCAUCGACAACUACGACGUCUAUAAAGUGGAGACAAUCGGUGAUGCGUGUAAGUGAGG